AUGGCAUCAUCUCAGUCUGAGCUGGGGAAAUUCUGUAUGGAGUAUCUUUCUACACCCUGUACACUGGUUUUAGGGGCAGUUACUGCCUCAGUGCUGUUACUGUGGGGCAGAAAGGUUCAGGUACCGGUGCUGGUGUGUUCUAAUGGCUUCCGGACAUUUCUACACAUCCACUGCCCUGUGGUGCUGGAGCGUUUUCGUCCUACACCUUGGUGUUGCGGCGGCCGGCUACAAACACUUGUCCGGGUGUUUAUUCAGUCCAGUCCUGCUGUCAAAUACCGCAAUGAGCUGAUCAGAACAGAUGAUGGUGGACAACUCUCUCUGGACUGGGUGGAUAACUCAGAAAGUGCUAAAUAUCCACAAUCCCUGUCCCGGCCUACGGUGCUAAUCCUGCCCGGUCUGACGGGAAACAGCCAGCAGACGUACGUCCUGCAUAUGAUCAGACAUGCCACGCGGCAUGGAUACAGGUGUGUAGUGAUGAAUAAUCGAGGUUUUGGAGGAGAAGAGCUGCUGACCCCUUUGACAUUCUGUGCUGCUAAUACUUCUGACUUGGAGGUGGUCAUCCAUCAUGUGAAAGAGCUGUACCCAGAGGCACCUAUGCUUGGAGCUGGGGUGUCUCUCGGAGGGAUGUUGUUGCUGAAUUAUCUGGCACGUAAGGGACAUGACUCCAAGUUGAUCGCUGGUCUUACCAUGUCUGUGAUCUGGGACACGUUUACAUCCUGUGAAUCUCUGGAGCAGCCAAUCAACAGGCUGAUUUUCAAUCGCCACCUCAGCAAUAAUCUAUGUAAUGCUGUCAACAGACAACGAAAGAUCCUGGGGAAGGUGAUUGACGUGGAUCAUGUAUUAAAGGCUCGUACAAUCCGAGAGUUUGAUGAGCGCUUCACGUCAGUGAUAUUUGGAUACAAGUCCUGCACUCAUUAUUACCAGGAUGCCAGUCCAGGUUACAAACUGCCCCAGAUUGCUGUACCUGUGCUUUGUCUCAAUGCUGCUGAUGACCCCUUCUCCCCAAAACAAGCUUUUCCUUUAUCUGAUGCUCAGCGUUUGCAGAACGUGGCUCUUUUGGUGACUUCCCAUGGUGGGCACAUCGGUUUCCUGGAGGGCCUGUUUCCCUAUGGCGAUAGCUACAUGGAUCGUGUGUUUAAACAGUUUGUCCAGGCUGCCUUUGAGAACCUGGAGGACCUGAAAAAGGCCUGCAGCAUUAGUGACAAUUAACAAAUAACUUUUUCUCAUCAUGCACUAGGUUUUCUAAUUCAUUAACCUUCAAAUCAAAGUGUGUAAUAAAACACAAUUUAAUCAAAGUAUGGACUAUACAGAAAACUAGAUGAAGAACUAAACGUAGGAGGACUGAUUACCAGGGUGCAUGUACUACCUCAUUUAUAACACUUGUCCAAAACUCACAGUAUCACACAGAAAUGCAGACAGAAGGGAACAGUGGUGCUGUUUCUGCCUGUGAGCUGAGGGCUGGGUUUCAAAUCUCAAAUCAUACAGUGUGCUCAGACUUGCUGGUGGAGCAUUCAUUUUACACACUAUGUAGUCAUGAUUGUGAUAUUUUGGACACAGCAGCUCUUAUUAUUUAACCUUUAUUACCAUACAGUUCCAAAUAUAACAGAAAUAGCUCAUUAUCACUGUCUGUAUUUUAAUCAUGUCAUGAUUAGAACUCACUUCAACAAAUCACACAUUUUUUUUUUAUUACAUGUAUUAUCUUUAAUGGUCCAGGAAUGAAUGUACUUUUAAUUCUUGCUAGUUUAAAGAAUUGCACCAACCUCCAAACUGAAGAAACAAGACAGGCACUUAAUGUCUUUAUAUCUGAUAAUGUUGAAUAGGAUUUUUAAUGAAGUGUUAAUUGUUACAGUACUGUAAAACGAUGCAGACCUGCCUUUAAUUUCCGAUUGUAUUCAAUAUUCAGUCCUGUGUCCUUUUGUACUUUGUAGACUGCAAGUACAGUGUUUUUUUUUUUAUUGAAGUGAAUGCCAUCAUGUGGUGCUGUUGCAAGAUAAUAUGGAAACAAUGUGGCAUGUAAAUUUGCAAAAGCAAAAAACUUUCGAGCCCCAAAUAAUUUUUUUAAAUAUUACAUUUUAUUUUUUAUUGAAUCACCUUUUUUUUACAUUUUGUUGUGCAGCUCAUGACUUUCAUUAUUCACGUGUUCAUGCCUACAGACGCACAAAUGUCAUUAAAUCAUAAAGGAAUCAUAAAACAGCCCAAAAUUCAAUAUUAAUAUGGGACAACAUGAACGCAUGAUCAGUGUUUUUGUGUUGUUGAUUUUAUUACAAUGGGUUUUAUGUUUGUAAUUGUUGUCAUUUAAGAUAUUUUUGAAUAUUUGAUGUGAUAUAACUCAUCUACGUAUCAUGUAGGCACUGCUAUAUGCACUGAUGUUUUAAUUUCUUUUAAAUGACCAGAGCUGCUCUUAUAAACUAAGCAUUUAAUGAUGUUCUUUAAUUAUCUAAUUUUCAUUCCCUUUUUAUUGUUUUUAAUUGUAAUUUUUUUAAUUUUGUUAUCAUUUAUUUUAACAUGCCAGCUGCUAUGGAAGAGCUGAAGGUUGUGUGUGUGUGUGUGUGUGUGUGUGUACCUGGGAAUAGUCUGUUUGUGUUUGGGGCCAGAAGUUUACACAGUUAUGGACUAAAUUGUUAUUAAUGUGGUAUGGAGAUUAAAUAAAUUAUGUUAUUGUAAUAAUCA